GUCAGCUUUCUCCGGAUUUCUAUUGGCCCAACGUGCCGUCGGUCGGCAGCCGGCCCGCCCCCUCAGAACCUUACAUUUACAGUGUAGCAAAAGAGAAAGUAACUAUGUUGCUGCUGGAGAUCAAUGAAGCCAAGUGAAUGGGGGCUGAAUGGGCGAAUCCUUAGCUGAAGCGGAGCGCCAGAUGGUGGAGGGCUACACUUAUUUAUGAAACUGUCUUGAGUUCUUCUUCAAUUGCCAGUUUUCAGCCUCCUCAUGCCUCCAUCUCCUUUAGACGACAGGGUAGUAGUGGCACUGUCUAGGCCCGUCCGACCUCAGGAUCUCAACCUUUGUUUAGACUCUAGCUACCUUGGCUCUGCCGCCCCAGGCAGUAACAGCCACCCUCCUGUCAUUGCCACCACCGUCAUAUCCCUCAAGGCUGCGAAUCUGACGUAUAUGCCCUCAUCCAGCGGCUCUGCCCGCUCCCUGAAUUGUGGAUGCAGCAGCACUAGUUGCUGCACUGUGGCAACCUACGACAAGGACAAUCAGGCCCAAACUCAAGCCAUUGCUGCCGGCACCGCCACCACUGCCAUCGGAACCUCUACUGCCUGCCCUGACAACCAGAUGGUCAACAACAAUGAGAAUGCAGGCCCUUUAAGUCCAUCAGGUGGGGUGGGCAGCCCUGUGUCAGGGACCCCCAAGCAGCUAGCCAGCAUCAAAAUAAUCUACCCCAAUGACUUGGCGAAGAAGAUGACCAAAUGCAGCAAGAGUCACCUGCCGAGCCAGGGCCCUGUCAUCAUCGACUGCAGGCCCUUCAUGGAGUACAACAAGAGUCACAUCCAAGGAGCUGUCCACAUUAACUGUGCCGAUAAGAUCAGCCGGCGGAGACUGCAGCAGGGCAAGAUCACUGUCUUAGACUUGAUUUCCUGUAGGGAAGGCAAGGACUCUUUCAAGAGGAUCUUUUCCAAAGAAAUUAUAGUUUAUGAUGAGAAUACCAAUGAGCCGAGCCGAGUGAUGCCCUCCCAGCCACUUCACAUAGUCCUCGAGUCCCUGAAGAGAGAAGGCAAAGAACCUCUGGUGUUGAAAGGUGGACUUAGCAGUUUUAAGCAGAACCAUGAAAACCUCUGUGACAACUCCCUCCAGCUCCAAGAAUGCCGAGAGGUGGGGGGCGGCGCAUCUGCAGCCUCGAGCAUGCUACCUCAGUCCAUCCCCACCACCCCUGACAUCGAGAAUGCAGAGCUGACGCCCAUCUUGCCCUUCCUGUUCCUUGGCAAUGAGCAGGACGCUCAGGACCUGGACACGAUGCAGCGGCUGAACAUCGGCUACGUCAUCAAUGUCACCACUCACCUGCCCCUCUACCACUACGAGAAAGGCCUGUUCAACUACAAGAGGCUGCCGGCUACUGACAGUAACAAGCAGAACCUGCGGCAAUACUUUGAAGAGGCAUUUGAGUUCAUUGAGGAAGCUCACCAGUGUGGGAAAGGGCUUCUCAUCCAUUGCCAGGCGGGGGUGUCCCGUUCUGCCACCAUCGUCAUUGCGUACUUGAUGAAGCACACUCGGAUGACCAUGACUGAUGCUUAUAAAUUUGUCAAAGGCAAACGACCAAUUAUUUCCCCAAACCUUAACUUCAUGGGGCAAUUACUGGAGUUUGAGGAAGACCUGAACAACGGUGUGACACCGCGAAUUCUUACACCAAAGCUGAUGGGCGUGGAAACGGUCGUCUGACAAAAGUCUGGAUGGAAAGGAUUACUCGUCUCCAUUAAGAGACGAAGAGAAAGAAGGAUGGAUUCUUUCUUUUUUCCUUUUUCUUUCUUUCUUCUCCUUCUUUUUUUUUAGAUGGGGUAAAGUUUGUGAAUGGAAACAAAACUUGUUUAAAAACUUUUUAUUUUUCACAAGUGUGAGAAGAAUUUAUCUUUUGAUGCCGUUGAGAUUUCCUUCCCACGAACUGAUAAAGCAGGGAGGCUAAAGGAGUAAUUUUUUUAAGCCAACAAUAAAAAUAUAAUAAAACUUGUUUCUUCCCCUUUUCCUUUUAAGCUAUUUGUAGAGUUUAUGAUUAAAUAGUCUGUGCAGGUUCAUAGACCGAAGAUACUACAACUUACACAAAUUAAAAAGAACCAAAAGUAAGAGACAGAAAAGACAUUGAAUCACGAAGGCCCGAGAGCUGCCUGGGCCGUCCACACAGGAAACAAAAACCCAACCAAACCAAGCCCUGUUGUACUCACUGGUGCAAAGAGAAAAUCAGGGCAGCUUAAGUGGUCUAAGAACCCUUCACAUUCUUUAAAGAGACAAAAGAUACUGUUGAUUUUGUGUGUUUCAUACUCGGGAUUAUUUCCCCCCCUCUCUGGGUUUAAGAGAUUUUUUUUGAAAUAGCGAGGAACUGACAAUUAUACCAUAUGCCUUCACUGGCUUCUUGUGCAAUAAUACGGUGUUUUGAGUGUGCAAACAAGUUAGAGCUGGCAGCCGAAUAAUAGACAAAUAGUGCAAAUUUGCCAGCUUGGAGAUCGAAAGGAAUUCAAUAAAAAUCAAUUACUUUCCUUCC